CCAGGGGGCCGCGGGCACUUGUUUUCCCGACCGCGUUGCCAUAGGGCUGACCGCAGCUUUGCCACCCGAGCCAAAAACUUGGCGCUGGCGCUCUCGCCGCCGCUCGCCGAGGCAACCCGCUCUCUCGCUUCUCUCGCCGCGAGUGGCGACUGGCAAGUGGCGACUGGCGACUCGGGUCGCCGAGAACAGCAGGAAAAUCCAUUUUCCAUUUUCCCACAUACGGACACUGGCUCAAAGUAUCGUGUGCGGCGGACGUCCUUGUCGUGCGUGCGUCGUUUGCUCGCGCUGACGGUGUUUUUUGGUUCAGGGAGCACAGGCACAGGCACAGGCCCAUCGCCUCGCAGCGAGCAACAUGGAAAUGUAGCCACGGCACGGCACAACAGGAGCCCCAGCCAGGGAAAACCGAACGCUAACUGUUCUUUUCGCAAUCGCACUUUCGAAUCGAUCCAGCGUGUUGUUGUUGUGCGGAGGUGCAGUCGAGAAGAUGUGAUGCCUUUUUUUUAAGUGAGAUUUUUCCUAUUUUCCCCGUCAGUUUCGGUGAGAGUGCUGUGCAACGAAAGGGAAUACGCAAAAACGAUUUUUUUGGAAAAUCGCGAGAGUCCCCGAAGGAGAAGGCCACCCGGAGAGGGGAAAAGGAAAGGCGAAGACCAAGGAAAGGCAGCGCAAUAAGGUUCUCACCUGCACACACCACCUUCAGGGGCCGACGCUGGAAACUCGCCACUUGGAGGCCACAAAGGCGUGCUAUUUAUGGAUAGAGGAAAUAGAAGGAGUCCCAAUCAAUUUAAGCAUCAACUCAACGUCUUGCGGUGGGCGCCGAAGGAAGCUGGGCGAGAGGAGGGCACUCCAGAAGGGCUUCGGCGGCGGUACAGGGGGCGUCACAUCUAACGGAAGGCAAAGAGAAGCCAACCCGACCGAGCCAUGAAACAUUCAAAUAUAUCCAUACACAAGGACAUGAUGGAAUUCGGAUAACUGCGACCGAGAGCAACGUAAAAAAUCUAAGGACACUUUCACCGAGUAUUCCAUUAAGCGGUUAUGAGGCUCGUUGAGGAUCAUGAAUCGAAGAGAUAUUUAUAGAGCGCGUAAAUGAAAGCAUACUUCCGAACAAAGCAACUCUGAUAUAAACCACCCAAGCCAAACUGUUCUCAACGGAUCAGUAAGGACCAAGAGGACGAGGAGGAGGAGGAGGACGUCGACGACGAGGAAAAGGCCGACGGGCCAGAGAGGGCAGCGCCACCGCCGCCACAUCAGCGGGCACAGCGGUCAUGGAACCACCCGGCGGAGUGCCGCCGGACAGGGAUAGGCAGCUGGUGCUCCGGAAUCAGUCGGCGGCCCUCGUGCCCGUGAUCGUGUCCGCACCGCCCUCCGGACCGGGGGCAACCACGCCCAGCCCGCAGCCACCGGCACAGUCACAGACGCAGUCGUCGCCGCUGCCCAGCAAGCCCACUAGCCUGAGUCUUCAGCCACAUGCCGUGCUCCAGGCCAUGCAACAGUUGUCUCCGUCCGCCGGAGGCAACAACAAUGCCACCGGCGCCGGUGGCACGGCCACGAGCAGCAGCAGCGGGAACGCCAACAGCGGCAGCAGUCCCGCCUUGGCCUCCACCGCCACGGCCAUAUCGGCGACAACCCAGGCAGCCACUGCCUUCAGCGGCAGCUCGGUGGGUCACCACCACCCGCAACACCACCACCAGCAUCCGCAUCCGCAGCAGCAAGGGCAGCAGCAGCACCAGCUCCAGCAACCGCAUCCGACCAAUGCACCGAGUACAGCGCCACUAGCCCACCACCACGGCUCCAUAUCCGUCACUGGGUCCAGCGGUGGACUUAUUGGUUCCAGUGUCGGCAGUGGCAACCAGCAGCAGGCUAUCGAGAAGCUUUCGCGGCCCAUGGCCUUCGAUAAGAUGGAAAUGCUGGUGCGCGAGAUGCAGGACCAGGAACACGGUGUGCCCGUGCGGCAGCAGAAAAUGUUCCUCACAUCCAUACCAUACGCGUUUAUGGGAUACGAUCUGAUUGAAUGGCUGAUGGACCGCCUGCAAAUCGAGGAGUCGGAGGCCCUGAACAUUGCUAAUCAACUGUGUCUGCACGGCUACUUCUUCCCGGUCAACGACUCAAAGACGCUGACCGUGAAGGACGACUCGUCGCUGUACCGGUUUCAGACACCCUACUACUGGCCCUGGCAGCACAAGGCGCCGGAUAACGUGGAGUACGCCAUCUAUCUGGCCAAGCGAUCGCUGCGCAACAAGCAGCGGCACGCACUGGAGGACUACGAGGCCGAGGCACUGGCCUCGCUGCACAAGAACCUGAAGGGCAAGUGGGACUUCAUCUCGAUGCAGGCCGAGGAGCAGGUGCGCCUGGCCAAGGAGCGCAAGAAAGGUGACAAGAUCGUGGGAGACUCGCAGGAACGAGCUUACUGGAGAGUUCACCGUCCACCACCUGGCCAGUUCACUCCCUUGGAGCCCUGUCCAGUGCCUUCGCGCGAUCGUCAGGGCCUCAAGCCCAAUAAAAAAAAGACUGUCGAUGACAUGCAGCGCGACGUUGACUACUUGGGCAAGUCGCUCAACCGGACGCGGAUGAAGAUGUCGCAGGCCUGCGAGUCGCUCGUCUGCUACUCGGAGACCUUCUCCGAAUACGACUUCUUUCUGCAGCCGGCCCUGCCCUCCAACCCGUGGGUGACCGAGGACAUUGCCUUUUGGCAGCUGAACAACACCUUUGUGGACAUCCCCACAGAGAAGCGGGUCAAGCGCUGGGCCAUUUCCAUCGAGGAGCUUGUCUCCGAUCCCACAGGCCUGCAGGAGUUCACCGGCUUCCUGGAGAAGGAGUACUCGCACGAAAACAUCCGCUUCUGGAUAGCGGUCAACCGAUUGCGCCGCUCCGCUCACUCCCAGGUGGCACGAAAGGUCAACGAAAUCUACGAAGAGUUUUUAAAGCCAGGAGCACCGUGCGAGAUAAACAUCGACGGCAAGACCAUGGAGAGCGUGCUCCGAGGCCUGAAAAACCCAUCGCGGUUCACCUUUGACUCGGCCUCGGAGCACAUUUAUAUGCUGCUGCUGAAGAAGGACUGCUACCCACGAUUUAUUCGAUCCGAGCACUACAAACGCCUGCUGGACACCGGCAUCCAGCCGUCGUACAAGAAGCGGUUUUUUAACUUUGGCGGCGUUAGCGGAGCCAAGAAGAAAAUGACAGCCGCGCUGAGCAGCCAGCCAAACCUGGGAGACGCGGCCAAGGGACCUGGUGGCACUGGCACCGGCAGCUGCUCCAUGAUGCAGGCACCACCGCCCGGAAGCCUGGCACGACGCCGUGGCAGCGAUCGCAGCCUUACGGGCUCCGCCCACGAGCUGGCCGUGAUCGGGGUGAACAAGGACUCGGGUUCCAAGGUACCGCACUCUCAUUCCCAGAGUAAUCUCAGCGAAAUUCCCUUCAGUAGCGAUUCCAUUUACCGAGGCGAUAUGCCACAGCGCCACAUGGCGGUCAUGGAUAUUGGGAUCUAUGCGGCCUACGGGAAUCGCGAAAGUAGUUUGCAGGCACUUCCAGAAACGCCAAAGACGAAGACCACCGCCCUCGAGACAACGGAGUCCACGUCGUCGUCCACAGCCCUGGUUGUGGCGGCCAGCAGUGCCGUCUGUCCGUGGGACGAACCAGCCGAACCAGUCCCGCCGCCGCCAGCGCAGUUAAAGCUAUCCGUGUGUCCCUGGGAACAGGAUAGCGCGGCAGAGCCGCCGGCAGCGGCUCCCACUCCGGCCACGGGAGGAGGAGCACCGUCGAAGAUCUCAAGUUCCACCGGGCAGCCCCUGCGGUUGAAUAGCACUUCCUCGGACAACAGCGAUGUGAAUGACCGAAUGCAGCGGAAUUUGGGUAUUCGCCAUCAGAACACCGUGGACAGUGGUGAGGCAGGCAUCAAGCGUCUGAUUCCCAACUUUCCGGAGCAGCGUCGGGCCUCAGUUUCAUUUACUCCCAGCCGCACUCCGGAUUUCCAGCUAGGACGGGCCCCAACGACGACAUCCUCACCCACUGUGGUGACCGGCAGCUCAACGCCGCUGCAGGCUCGCAGUGCCGCCUACGGUAGUGGCUGUGCCAUCGCAAAGGAUCCACCGUCUGGCUCAGAUGUCGAUGCGGAACUGGAGGAGGAACUCAAUCAGUUGUCCCUAGGCGACUCCUCGACAUCGGAGUUGCCGCAGCUAAUAGUACCCACCCCCACGCAGACCCCGCCGCCCAUGACAAAGAUUACGCCGGCGCCGGAAGAAGGCGAUGAUCAGGUGGCGGCCAGUUCGACCGAGACACCGGAAAUCUCCUGCUCAGCCCAAGAGAAGCAUGCGAAGGAGGCCCAGGUGACGGUGACCACAGUCAAAGAAGUUCAGAUUGAACUGAUCGAGGAGGGCAGUAGUGUGCACACAGAACCAGGAAGUCCGCCCACCAUUAAAGUCCUGGAGCUAGAAGCAACUGCAUCCGUAUCUUCUGAGCCCGCAGCAGAUCCAGGCGGCUGUCAGGGGCAGAUAAACUCCACCACCACCGAGGAUCACAAAGAGCUAGAGGACGAAGCGGAAAGGGCCGUCGACACAGAAGCGCCGGUUUUGGACGAGCUUUCACCCACCACUGACGAGUACCAGGAAGGACUGCAGUUCGGCAGCGAUGCCAAGGACGCAGUCGACGACUUUGACAGCAUAGACGUUGGCUAUAUACCGCCUGCACCCACCCCGGCUCCUUCCAUGGCACCGCUGGCCGAGCUGGACGUGGACACGGUGGACGAUGAGCCGUUCGAACCUCCGCCCCCUGCUCCAAGCAGCAGGGAAACGGUGUUGGCCUCCGUUUCCGCCUCCGCCUCCGGCUCGGUAUCGGCUACGGCCACGCCCACAUCCAGCAACGAAGAGGCGCGCAAACGGCGCAAGAAACGGAACUCGGAGGGCAAGAAACUUAGCUCGCAGGACGACAAGGACAAGGAGUCGCGCGAAAAGGCUGGUGGCAGCAGCAUCGACGCCGAUCACAACGCAGUGUGUCCCUGGGAAGACGAGAACGUCAGCGCAAACGACGGCACCUUCGUAAAGACGUAUGCCACACUGGGAUACUUAUGAAUAAAGCCAAAUCUGUUCAAGACGGUGGUCAACAAGUUGCUGAAAAGGAAGCCAUACAAGAAGUAAGGCCUGGGUAGCUAAGUUUAUUAUACGGAGUAUCUAUUAUAAUACGUACAUGCAUACAUAUUAUGUAAAUGUAAGUAUUUCAAUAAUUGAGUGUAUAUGUAAAUGUUAAAUGCUUCUCAUGUUCUUGAAACCACCAACGAGGCAAAGUGGUUUAUUGCUGAAAAUUUCAAUACCAAGUAACGGAAAACGGUCUAUGAAUGCUACAAAAAUAUAUACUUUAUCUACAGACGUACAUACUUAUUUACAAAACGAGGUGGCUAAUGUGGCUCAUUAGAAUUACGAACAAAAAAUAGAGACAGCAGAAGUCAUUUAAAUGAAGUGGAGAAUUGUAUUAACUCUAGUAAAUGCCGCCUUCCGAUCAGUUGUAAAAUCGAAACACAAACGGAGCUUAGAUUCGGCGGCAGACUCACUGUUAUGUAUACAAUGUAUAUGAUCUUCUGCGCAUAGAUACAACUUUUCAAAGGUUAUUCAAAGCCAUAUAGCCCUCUUCAAAGUCUAAGCAGCAACGAUGCAAGUUAUAGCCACGUUCGAUGAUACUAGACCCAAAGUUACAUAAUAGAGUUAGUCUAAGCGUAAAUUUUCGCGAAACACCUGCUAUAACAAUGACUUUGGGACGUGAAAAGUCGUGGUUAUACCAGAAAAUUUGUGAAAAUAUACCCUGAGGGCAUUGAGAGUAGUUGGUAAAGGUGAGUUAUCACUUGAAACACCCGCGUUAUUUUCAUGGUGCCUUGAGCUAGAAAUACCUGCGAGAAACGGCCAGUAAUAGGGACAAUACCAACCAAUACUACUAAAAUUGUGAUGUUGAUCCGUUUGAGCACGUAUUGCCCUUCGCCCACUGGAGACACCCAUGACGAUUCGUUUGGUUAGUAGUACAAAGAUUUACCCCGGGAGUGGCAUGGCCUGUACUCCUAUAAGUUCAUCAAUGCCUCCGAUUCACCCCAAAAAAUGUUGAAAAAAUAACCUUUGAUAGCUAAAUGCACAAGUUGCUGCGCAAGUAGUUCCCAUUUAAUUUCAAAUGAGUUCAGUUGCAUUGAGUAGUUUUCGCUUUCAAGUGGAAAACCGUUUCAUUUCACGCGUACAUGCCAGAACUCACGAGCCCCAACCUUAUGUGCAGUGAAAAUGAAACACAGUUAGAAAAUCGCCUCUAUGAGGGAAAUUCCUAGGUUUACAGAUGUUGCAACCUUAAGUUUAGAUUUUCCGUAGCAGUUUCUUCUAAGUUCUUUCAAAACCUAGACUAACUUGCGCGCAUACCUUGUGCGUUUUAAAAUAUAUAUUGUCCUAUGACUACCUAGUAAUUUUCUCUAUUUGACUAGAAAUGUAUUGAGCUGCCCGCCCAAACAAUCGCAGAAAUCGAGCUAUGCCGUAUAACACUAACAACUUAAAGCCAACAUCGAUGGGAGAGAAGCGUGAUGGCCCGCAUCUUUAAGAUCAAAUUACUGUUCCGAUCGAACACGUUAACCUUAUAAAACAAAUGAUUAGAAAAUCAAAUUAAGAUGAAACCCUGGUUGUUCGCGACUAAUACCUUUAUAUGAAUCGAAAGAAGAUAACUUAUCGAAGAACUAUUACAAUCUAAGUAUAUUUCUAUUUUCAUUGUGCAUAUGAAUUAGCUACUUACUGUCGAGCCCAUUUUGCUGGUAAACAAUCUUUAUAUGGGAUAUCUGAAUUCUCUUUGUGCUUUCUAUGCUAAAAACACAUUUUUCAACUACUUCAAUUAACAAGCAAAACCUAAACUGUAAAACGAUAUGUACCAAAUGUUGUACCAAAUGAAGAGAGUUACAUUAAUGCCGAAAACCCAAGAAAAUCAAAGAAAAUGUUGCAUAGAUAUUACGAUCCGAGGGGUACACAUAGAGAAAUAGGAACAAUGUGCCGAGUGUAGGGCGUGCGUACAAAAUAUGUACAUGAAACCACCGUUAACUUUGCUUAAUGCGAGCCGAGCAAUUAAAGAGUUAAAAAAUAAAAUAAAGAAGUAAAAAGUAAAUCAACGGCAGCAAUAGUUCCGAAAUUGUUGUCAAAAUAUAAUAGCAGCUUUUAGAACAACACCAAAGAAGUUGUAGUAAAUGCGGAGGAAAAUUGUAUUGUUGUUGUUUUUUAUGUACAUUUACUUUUUUGUAUUAACGUUGUUGUAAGUCAAAUAUGCCAAAAAGAAUAGUUUAUUAAGAGUUUACAACAAAAAUUUGAAUGCAGGCAAGAUAUGAAUUACUUUAACGCAAAUCGCAAGAAAAAGUUCCGAGUGUUUUUAGUAAUCAAUGGUGAAUAUCUUUUAAUUGCUUAUACUAAAUGUUCCCAUACGUAUUUAUGGGAUCCUUGCCGCAACAGAAACCUUAAAUAAUAUAGCUAGCGCGGCUGUGGACUUUACUUAUCCCGGUACUUAAAAAACUGCAAACACAACAAGUUUUUGGUUUGAUUACAUAACAAGUACUUUAGAUAAUGAAUUCAAAUCGUAUCUUAUUUUAUAUGCGUUGCCCCUUGGACAGUUCUUGAAUUAUCCAAGACUGCAACACUUGACUUGAGUAUACACAGCGUUUUUUACAUUUAUUUAUCAUUCUGUCCAAUUGUAGACACAAUUUUAAAAUAUAGUCCCCAGACUCUGAAAGUUAUUUCUAUUAAUUGAAGUACAAAUUCUUGGCCAUAUUACUAAUUUUUCUAAUUAAUAGGUAAAUUUUAAAUUUUUUGAAAGUUGGGGAUUACUUUGGCAAAGCUUAAAAUCGAAUAACUGUUUAUUAUAUAUUUUGAAAUUUUUGAUCAUGUUUUUAAAAUUGUAUUCCGAAUUUUAGAAAAUCAGUCCGUAAAGUAUAAUUUCCUUAUUUAUAAAGUGAUUUAGACGCAAUGUUUAGGUUCUCUAACUUAGGACGAUUUUCAUUUUAAGAACAUGGCAGUUAACAAAUGUUAGCUGCCAGAGGUUUGAAUUUUGGAGCCAAGAACGGUGUCCGUUUUUUAGUUUUAUGAAAGUCGAUUUUUUGAGUAUCGGGAAGGAAAAUAUGAAAAUACUAUGAAUGAUACUGUGGAUUGAUUAAGCCGCUGCCGCGCCAUUUUGAUAAUAAUAAAAAUUCGAUAAAUAACGUAUGUUAAACAAAUUACAUAAGUAUGUACUACUUCAAGCGACAGGUGGGCAGCAUUGCCCUACAAAUAUUUACUUUAAUUUCUGGAUAAUUAGUGCUCAUAUCACUGAUUAGAGAACAGGAAUGCGCAAAACAAUAUGCUUAAUACAUAAGAUUCCAGAGCUUUUAGUAACGCCAUGUAAAUUCUGGGUCAUGAAUACAGUUGUGAAGAGUGUAAGCGAGGCGUUUGUUAUUAUGUAUUCAAGUCAUUUACUAUAAGUGUAUACAGCUUAUACUAUUACAAAAGUGUUAAAAACAUGAAUUAUUUUGAGAAAACCAAAAAAGAAUAUACAACAAACAUGUUAGUCGGUAAAAGAAAUCAAAUGUAAAACAAUUUAAUGUAGACUGUACUAAAGAAUUCAAGGAUAAUUGAAUAUCAACACUCCAUCACGCAAAUAACUUAAAGGAAAUUCGCAAAUUGAAUAGAAGUUGAUGGGAAAAUUAUUUGCACAGUGCAGAAAAACGUGUUAUAAAAUUAUUAUACUAUACAAAAAAUAUAUAUUAUUAAAUUAUGCUGAUGAAAUUAAAACCAUAAAAGUAUGUAAAAAAUUCAAAUACAAAAUGAUUUAAAUGAAGUACAAUAAAUAUUCAAGUGACGAAAAUGUA